CAGGCCAGUGGCUGAGUUCACACACCCGCGCGCACAUAUUCCAUUGAACUUCCUCCUCAGCUCAGCUGUCAAAUCUUUUUUAUUUAGGAUAUCAGACAGGGCUUAAUCUGAGAUGGAGGGCCAGCGCUGGUUACCACUGGAAGCCAACCCAGAGGUUAUGAACCAAUUUUUACGGCAACUUGGCUUGGUACCCACCUGGCAGUUUGGGGAUGUGUACGGUUUGGAAGCUGAAGUUCUCAGUUUGGUGCCAAGGCCUGUUUGUGCUGUACUUUUGCUCUUCCCUAUAACAGAGAAGUAUGAAACCUUUAGACAGGAGGAGGAGGCAAAAAUUAAGGCACAAGGACAAGCGGUGUCCUCAGAUGUGUACUUCAUGAAACAAACCAUCGGCAAUGCUUGUGGUACAAUAGGGCUGAUUCAUGCUGUGGCAAACAAUCAAAGGCAUCUGGAGUUUGAGCCCAAUUCACCACUUCAGGCAUUUUUACUGCAGUCUGCAAAGAUGAGCCCAGAAGAAAAGGCAGCUUUCCUUGAAAAAGAUGAGAGUAUCCGAGUAACACAUGAGUCAAGUGCUCAGGAAGGACAAACAGAGGCUCCAAGCUUAGAUGAAAAAGUGGAUUUGCAUUUUAUUGCCUUUGUAAAUUAUGAAGGACAUUUAUAUGAACUGGAUGGACGCAAACCUUUUCCAAUUGUUCAUGGGGAAACCACAGAGGACACGUUUCUUGAGGAUUCUGCAGAGGUCUGCAAGAAGUUCAUGGCACGUGAUCCCCAGGAGCUCCGUUUCACUGUGGUGGCUCUUUCCAAAGCAUAAAUUUUCCAAGAGAAAAAACUGCCAAUCAUUCAGAAGUGCUGAAUACUUUAAACCUUUAUAGGUUCAAUUUUGACUUUGAAUAAGAAAAGUUUGUUAAAGGUUUUGACCAUAACCGACAAAGCAAAUGAGAAGCAAAUUAGCUAAUAAUAAAAAGUGUACAUGCACAAAAUGUUGUAUCUGAAUGUUUACAACUCUCUGAUUGAAAUAAUGUUUGUUAAUUUCUCCAAAAUUAUAAAAGAAAUGCAUGGCACGUGAUCCCCAGGAGCUCCGUUUAAAAUCUGUUUUCUUGAUGUUAAUAUUAAUUCAUCUAAUGAUGGUGUUCUUUUUUUCUGCCAGAAAAGAUCAAUUUAAAAUAAAAGUUCUGAUGAAUAUAUAGACUUAUAUUUUGACACAAAAAUGCUCUUUUAACAGAAGUGUGUGAGUGUGCCAAUGUGUCAUUGCAUAUGGUGCCCUACUUCUAAAUACCGUUUUCUCAAGAAUACAGCAAAAAUUCAGAUGAAACUAAAACAAUAAAGAACAAAUGUUUUCA